AUGUCUUCCAAGACUGCAUUCUCAAACGACGAGCCAUCAUCAUCAAACUUGCAUCACUGCACUCAUGCUACUCCCGUGUCAAUGCACAUUUCAUCUGAUGAUGACUCCUGCAUGAACUUCAGCUCAAAUCAAUGCUGCCACUGUGGCUGGCGCGGAUCUCACUCACCUAGCUGUCCCUUCCGCUGAGUUCACAAUAAUUAUGUUAUUUAUUCCUGCUGCUUACAAUUGUUUACAUCAUUGAUCAUCCAUCCAUCGUGACAUCCCGUGCCUAAACGCACAUUAGUCGUCGGGGUCUCACCGUAGUUGUAGGAUCAAAGAGGAAGGAGGCUGUGCAGACUCGUUAUGUGGAUUCCUUGGGGUAGCAGGAUAUUGUAGCCUCACAAUUUUGCCGUCUGCCUUGUAUAAGUAUGACUUACUGUAACAACCAUCAUUAUUUGCCAGACCGCCAACCGUGC